CGGAAGGAAGGAGGGAGUUGCCGACCAGCCAGGUGCGCAGCGUAACUAGGCGGAGAGAAGGUGCGAGAGGUGGCCGGGCGGGGAUGGUUUGAGUCCGACGACCUAUAAGCAAGCGCCCGUCGGAGGGCGGACCGGCUGGAUCUCCUCCCGGGACCCCCUCGCUCCGCCUCUGUUACCUGGAGAGCUCCGGGAUCGCCAGGCGCAUGGAUGGAUUCCCAACGGAAGAAGAAACGGACCGGCUUCACCAUCGGGCUGCUUUUCCUAUCCGGAGGGAUCGAGUAUGCGGUGAUCCUGCCUACCAUUUGGGCCUAUCUGCAAAAGCUUAAUGCUGAACCAUACUACCUGGGCCUGGCUCUCUCUGCCUUUAGCUUUGCUGGAUUAAUCACAGGUCCCUUCUUUGGAUAUUGGUCCGAUCGCACACACCGAACCAAGGGGAGCAUCAUGUUUGCCAAUUUGUUUCAGAUAGCAGGAAACUUCAUGUACUUCGUUGGCGGCUCCAAAUGGAUGCUCCUCAGCAGCCGACUAGUAGCAGGUGUGGGAACUGGAGCAGGUGCCUCCAUCUUUGGAUACCUCACCCGUUCUACCACUUCGCAGGAGAGGUCCAAGGUCUUUGCUGCCGUCAUGGCAUGCCGCCAGGUCGGGCUGAUUAUUGGACCAGCUUGUAACCUUUUCCUGCGUCUCUGCAAUUUCCAUCUGGGGCCUUUCGUGGUCAAUAAGUUUACAUCCCCUGGGCUCUUCAUGUGUCUGGUGUGGAUUGUGCUCCAAAUUAUUGUGAUGACGAUGUACUACGACAUACAGCCACCGACUCAGCCUGCAAGGGUGCCGCAGGAUGCCUUGGAAGAGGAGCAGAAGCCACUGAUAGGGCAUGAGGGCGGCCAAGAAGAGGCCACGGGAAGAAGCUGCUACGGCAGCACCCCUGUGGCACUUCCGCAAUCUUCCCUCGGUGAUGAAUGCCGAUAUGUGCCCAACGGACACUUGGCAGAUGAAGAAUUGGCUGAAGAAGACAAGAACCCCUUCCAUCAGUUUAGCUCUGUGAGAGAAUAUUUGCGGGAGGAAGUGGUGGUUCUCCUCACCGCCCAGUUCAUUACUCUCUUCAAUCAAACGGCGUUGGAGACUAUGGUGACUCCAAUUACACAGAAGUAUUUGAACUUUGGAGAACUGGAGAACAGCAUCAUGUAUUUCCUGUGUGGUGUGGAGGUCAUCGCUGGCUUCUUCCUGGUGCGUUUUCUCAGCGCCCGGCUAUCGGAUCGAUUCAUCUUGCUCCUAGGUCUGGUCAUCUGCAACGUAGCCUGCGUCUGGUGCCUGCUGUUCCUGGCACACCCCCAGGGUACCUUUGCUGUCCUCCUCACGGAGCUGGUCGUAGGUGUCUUUUUGCAGGUCUUGGGCCUGCCCUUCGUGGCUGUCUCCCAGGUAUCGCUCUUUUCUAAAGUCACAGCAGAGAGAACACAAGGUUUCAGUCAGGGUCUCCGUCGCUCCGUUGGGGGAAUUGCCACCAUCCUGGGGCCUUUGUGGGCUGGAGGAUUGACGGAUAAUCUGUACAUCAUGCUAGGUGUGAUGAUGGGGCUCCUCAGCCUCUUGAUGGUCAUGGUGGGGCUGUCCUACAAAUAUCUGGUCGAGAUCCCGAGUCCGUACCCCUUGCCACGAACAACCCAGGAGGAGUCCAACUCAUGAGGAUCCAAUGAGUUGUCCUUGGAGGGAUGGAGAAGCUCAUAUCCCCCCACCCCCAGGUGAAGGAACUGCCAGCCAGCUGGCCAUGCCAAGGGGAACCACUUUGGCUUUCAAAUUCCCGACUCAGCAACAUCAGGAGAAGCCAGUAGAGAUGGAGGAGUCGGAUGGAAUUUGUUUUGGUCUCUUCUUUCCACCAGAAUAUUUCUUUUCUUUUAUUCCACCCCCCCUACGAACCCAGCUUUCUUUCUUUGGGCUGCCGAAAAGGAAAAAAAUAGGGUGCUAACCCUUCAGUUGAGCGAAGAUCCAAUGCAAAUCUCAUGUCCCCGUUUUGCAGAAGAGAACCAACGAGCUCCUUGGUGAAUCUGAAAUCCUUCUACGAAAAAAAAAAAAAAAGAGAAGACACGCCGGCCUUUAUUUAAUCUUUACUUUCUUAAUAAUUUAUUAUGACUUUUGUGACCCACCCGUUAUUUUACUGCUGCUGCUAUCCGCUGCUGUUUUCACAAUUCCGACCUUGAUGAUUGUUAAACUGCACUGGGAGGGCUGGAUGUUUUUAUUUAUUAAAAGUAUUUCCACUCUGUC